CUGGGCGACGAGGAGAUGGAGGCGUACAUCAAGCGCCAGCACGCCAAGAAGGUCGCGGCCGGCGCGAGCCUCGAGGAGCUCGAGAAGAUGCUCAACUUUCCCGAGCCCGAGCCGCCGGGGCGCGCCUACUCGCCGCGGCAGGCCGAGGCCAUGUUCGGCGACAAGCUCUCGGCGUACGAGCUGCAGGAGAUGCAGGAGUUCAAGGAGAUCUACUUUUGCGGCACGAAUCCGGCCAAGAAGCCGGCGGCACCGGGCAAGCCGGACAACAACUUUGGCUACGACGACGAGCGCGGCGACUACCUCGUCGUCAAUCACGACCACCUGGCGUACCGCUACGAGAUCAUCGACCUGCUCGGGCGCGGCUCGUUUGGGCAGGUGCUGCAGUGCAAGGACCACAAGACGGGCCGGUCGGUGGCGAUCAAGCUGAUCCGCAACAAGAAGCGCUUCCACCACCAGGCGCUGGUGGAGGUCAAGAUCCUCGAGAACCUCACGAAAUGGGACCCGGACGAGCAGUACAACGUCAUCAAGAUGACCGAGUCGUUCUACUUCCGCAGCCACCUGUGCAUCGCGAUGGAGCUGCUGAGCAUCAACCUCUACGAGCUCAUCAAGGCCAACAGCUUUGCCGGCUUCUCGACGCGCCUCAUCCGCCGCUUCACGACGCAGGUGCUGGCGUGCCUCAGCCUCAUGCGCCACCACCGCGUCGUGCACUGCGACCUGAAGCCCGAGAACAUCCUGCUCAAGCACCCGCGCAAGAGCGGCAUCAAGGUCAUCGACUUUGGCUCGAGCUGCUUCGAGCACGAGAAGGUGUACACCUACAUCCAGAGCCGCUUCUACCGCUCGCCAGAGGUCAUCCUCGGGAUGAACUACCACACGGCCAUCGACAUCUGGAGCCUCGGCUGCAUCAUCGCCGAGCUGUACACGGGCUAUCCGCUCUUUCCCGGUGAAAACGAGCAGGAGCAGCUGGCGUGCAUCAUGGAGGUGCUCGGCGUGCCCGACCGCUAUCUCGUCGAGCGCAGCUCGCGCAAGAAGCUCUUCUUCGACUCGACGGGCGCGCCGCGCCCCGUCGUCAACAGCAAGGGCAAGCGGCGGCGCCCCGGCACCAAGACGCUGGCGCAGGUGCUGCGCUGCAACGACGAGCUCUUCGUCGACUUUCUCUUCAAAUGCCUGCAGUGGGACCCCGAGCGACGCCUCAAGCCGGACCCCGCCAUGCGGCACCCCUUCCUGCGCUCGCUUGCCGCCGCCCAGACGCCGCGCCAUCAUACCCCCGGCAGCAGCAGCAGCGGUGCCGGCAGCGGCGGCGGCGCGCACAUCCGCCAGGUCUCGUACAGCAACGGCACGCGCAAGAGCCUCGUCGGCUCCAGCACCGCCGCGGCUGCCAGUGCCGCAGCGGGCGGCACCGCAGCACGCAGCGGCACGGGCACGGCGGCGUCCAGCGUCACGACGCCGCAGCGGCGCGCCCAGGUCUCCUAG